AUGGAGCUGGACAAGAGUUAUGAUCAAGUGUGUGAAGAUGCAAGUGCUGCUGCUGAGAUGCGAUUGUUGCAACAUUUGAAUCAGCACGGGGGAGAUGUCUGGAGUAUUGGCUCUGGAUGUCACAAUUGUCGUCAGAGAGUAGAGAAUGCUAGCGAGCUAAAGCGAUGUGGGAACUGUGAUGCAGCUUUGUUUUGUAAUCGUGAGUGUCAAGUCUCGGCGUGGCCUGUGCAUAAGGCCGAAUGCUGCGUCAUUGCGACUUUCAAUCGACUGGACAAGUCCAGCAGCUCCGACUCCAAACUUGCUUCGCUACUCGAGACGCUGACGUUUUCAUUUCAUCCCAAGAAGGUCAAUGAUUCCAAGACUGUAGGCGUUGCAAGCUCGAUUGGCAUGAACGGUCCGGAACUCCCGGGCUGGUUUUUUACCGUAGACUUCGAAGAGGCAUCGAAGGAGCGUCAAAAGGUCUUGUUCCAAGCGGCACUUGAGCUAUAUGGACUUCUCAGAGACGACGAGUGCUGGACUCGCGACAAAGAGAGCUUCCCUCGUUCGAGCUACACGCUGGUGGAGUCACUGCCUCGCGUAGCACCUGCGGCAAAACAGUUGCAAAAGCAUUUCAUCGAGAUGAAUGGACAUCUCUUGCUGUUUUCGGCAUGGUUACAGCACCCGGAGCCACCUGCUACACAGGCCAUGCCCUUCGAGGACCGCAGUUUCUUUGGUGUAGUAGAUUCGCUUCUGCAGAUCAAUACACUUCGCGACGGUGUGGAUGCCUUCAUGGAUGCGAAUCAACAGUAA